UUUACAUCAAAUUUACAACCUUUAUGGCGCGCGAUUUUUUCCAGUGAUACCGUGUCCCGAGGCUACGCUAAUAUAUACUUUUACUAGCGACGCGAUCGAUUUGAUAGAUUUUGCGUAUGAUCUUUUCACAUCAUUUUUUUUUAAAUAUGCUUAUCAUUGCAGGGAAAAUUUACCAUUCAGAUUGYAUUCGUUUUAUCCGCAGAUAAGAGAAUUUAUAAGAUGAAAGUGUGCUUUGAAUAAAAUGAUUUUAGAAAAAAAAAGAACGAGUAUAUAUUUUAAAGUUAAAGAAAGAAAGAAAGAAAGGAUGUUUAAAAGCUGCUCGAAUCCAGAAUCGAACCCGAGAUCGUCAGUUCAACGCCGCUAUUCAAGUAUGAUCUUGCGUGUAAAAUAUGUAAAACAAAUAUCCACAUAAGAAUAAGUAUAUUUCAGUAAAAAAAAGAASGAAAGAAAAAAGAAUCGCAAUUAAAUUAAUAAUUAUUAAACAAAAUCUACUGAAAAUCAAGAUGACUAUAUMAUAUUUAAGAAGAAGAAAAAGUGCUCGAGACGAGAUUCGAACCCGCCAUCCUCUGUUCGACAUCGCUGUUCAUCUUGUUUGUAAAUUUAACGAACGCGGCUCGUAAAUAUUGAUAAAACAAAAAAACAUCUAACAUGACUAGAACACCUAACAUCUAACAUGACUAAAAAAAUCAGAAGUGCUCCAGUCGAGGAUCGAAACUUGGAACUCUGGAUUAUGGGUCCCUUGGGAUUGCUAAACUGCGACGUGGAAAAAAAUAAAAUAAUAAUAAAGUCGCUGCAUUUUAUAACCGUGCCGCAGGAAUGCUGUUCGCUUUUGAGGGAGAGUUCUCUAUGUGAAGUUCGGAUGCGAGCAAAAAUCUCGAGAUAGUGGUGAGCGCUCGACCGUAAUGUGAUAUAAAUAUAUAUUUUAAGCUUCUAAGUGGAAAUUCAGUGCGUUAUUUCCAUUCCUUUUAUUUCAAUAUCCUGCCGUAUCAGUUAUUUUCUACCUAUAUUUCCAGUUCCUCGUAUGUUACUGUCCAAUGAGGGAGUCAAGACCGACGAUUCAUCCAAAGGGAAAUCCAAGGGAGAUGAUUUAGUCAAAGGUUUCCUGAGCAUCCACGAGACCUGCAGCGAGAAGGAUGCCGCUCCUCGUCGGUACAUGACCUUCUUGAAUAACUACAAAGACAUCUAUACCGGCAAGAAAGACGGAGUGGUUAAACGACAACAACAUUUACAGGCUGGCGUUUCUAAGUUAACCGAUGCCAAAGCACUGGUGGCUGAUUUGACAAAGAAAGCAGGCGAGCAAAGUGUUAAACUAGCAGAGAAACAAGAAGAAGCUGAUACAGCACUUCGUGAGAUUACUGCUAGUAUGCAGAGAGCCAGCGAAUCCAAAAGUGAAAUGGAGACAUUGAAACAAAAACAGGGAGAAGAAUCAGUUAAACUGGAAAAAAGAAAAAAAGCAAUCGAGAUUGAGUUGUCAGAGAUUGAGCCACUUGUCCAAGAAGCGAAAGACGCCGUGGGUAACAUUAAGCCCGAGUCUCUAUCAGAAAUACGUUCACUGCGCAUGCCCCCUGACGUCAUUCGUGAUAUACUUGAGGGCGUGCUUAGACUUAUGGGUAUUUUCGAUACAUCGUGGGUGAGCAUGAAGAGUUUCCUGGCGAAACGUGGCGUCAAAGAAGAAAUCUGUUCAUUUGACGCACGCAAGAUAUCACCAGAAAUCAGAUCCAGUGUUGAAGAAUUGUUGACGAAAAACGCAAACUCUUUCGAUCCYAAGCUUGCAAAGCGUGCCAGUGCUGCCGCUGCACCGUUAGCAGCAUGGGUCAGAGCCAACGUGAAGUUUUCCAUUGUAUUGGAGAAGAUUGAGCCACUGGAGACUGAGCAAGCUCARCUACAGAGAAAUCUUGACAAGUCACAGCAAAGAAUGGACAAACUUGGACGAGCUUUGGAUAAAGUUGACAAAGAAGUGGCAGAAAUGAGRAAACGGUUUGAGUUACGAACACAAGAAGCGGMGCAAUUGAAGAUGGACCUUGAUAAAGCCAAGGAAACUAUUGCUGCCGCAGAAGCCCUCGUUAAUAAACUUGAUGGCGAAUUUAGCCGUUGGUCAGGACAGGUCCACGAGUUAACCUCCGAGCUAGAGCAGCUACCACGUAGAGCACAGCUCGCUGCUGGAUUUGUCACGUAUCUGAGUAGCGCACCAGAAGACGUACGCCGUGACACCAUGAAACGAUGGUGUGAAACUSUGGGUCUGGAAGGAUUUGACUUUAGACGUUUUAUGAGCACAGAAAGCGAACAGUUGGGUUGGAAGUCGGAAGGAUUGCCUUCAGAUGACCUGUCCAUCGAGAACGCACUGGUCAUAAUGAAGAGCGCAGUACGACCAUUUCUUGUCGAUCCAUCGUCACGUGCUACSGACUGGUUGAAGACCAAUUUGAAAGACCAAAGACUUGAAGUCAUCAACCAACAGGAUUCCAACUUCUCUACCGGGCUUGAGUUAGCUGUACGGUUCGGCAAAACACUUCUUAUACAAGAAAUGGAUGGUAUUGAUCCUGUGCUGUAUCCAAUCCUUAGAGGAGACCUCGUCAGCCAAGGGCCGCGAUUUGUUGUUCAAAUUGGCGAGAAAGUCAUCGAUUAUAAUGAAGAUUUCAAGCUAUUCAUGGCGACAAGAAAUCCCAAUCCAGACCUUCCACCUGAUGCCCAUGCUAUCAUAUCAGAAGUCAACUUCACRACAACUCGGGCUGGACUUACUGGCCAAUUGCUUGGCAUUACGAUACAACAUGAGAAACCUCAACUUGAAGUCAAAAAGACGGAGCUUUUGAGAAAAGAAGAAGAGCUGAAGAUUCAGUUGGCUGAGCUGGAGGAGUCGUUGCUUGAGACUCUUGCCAGUGCUGAGGGUAACAUYUUGGAGAACAAGGAUCUUCUUGAGUCGUUGAAUAAGACCAAGGCCAGUAGUAUGACUAUUGCAGAGUCUUUGCAAGAUGCACAUCGUGUACAAACUACCUUAGAUCAGGAACGGGAUGCUUAUCUCCCAUUGGCUAAGAGUGGUAGUACCAUGUUCUUUAUCAUCAGCGACCUGGCAAAGUUGAACAAYAUGUAUCGGUUCAGUUUGAGUUCGUUCUUGAGAUUGUUUGAAAGGUCAUUGGAAACCAAAAAGGAUUCUAGUAGUACCGAGCUACGUAUCAAGGUUCUUAAGGGUUCACUGCAGUCGUUAGUCUAUGAAUAUGUCUGUCGUUCUCUCUUCAAGGCUGAUCGUUUGAUGUUCGCUCUUCAUCUGGUUCAUGGCACUCAUCCUGAAAUGUUUCAAACGAAGGAGUGGGAGUUCUUUUGCGGAAUGGUGGUCAGCGACAUGUUCAAGCGCCAGGAGUCGAUGAAGAACCUUCGAGACAGCAUGCCAUCCUGGAUAGAUUCUGACAGAGCAGGGCCUGUUGGAUCAUUUAAGAAUUCGUUUGSAAGCGUGUAUGCGAACCUUCAGUUGGAAAACUCUGAUUUGUGGCUGUCGUUCGCCCGCAGUUCUCAAUGCGAGCAAGAGUUUCCAGCUCAGAUUGCAAAGAAAAUAAGUCUUUUUCAACAGGUUCUUGUGGUGCAAGCCCUACGACCAGAUAGACUUCAAAGUGCAAUGAUUAUGUUUGCUUCUAAAGCGCUAGGUGUAAAGGAACUGUCACCUCCAGCAUUGAACCUGAAGCGACUGGUUAAGGACACUGUGCCAGGGGAAGCCAUUCUUAUUGUUAUAUCGCCUGGUGCUGAUCCUUCGCAGGAGCUACAAGAGCUUGCAGGCGAGGUUGUAGGCGUGAACAAGUACCAUCARGUUGCUAUGGGUCAAGGCCAAGCKGACAUAGCAUUACAACAACUACACGACUGCGCAAGGGAUGGYGAAUGGCUUUGUUUGAAAAACUUACAUCUUGUGACAGCAUGGCUUCCCACUCUAGAGAAGGAGCUUAAUUCACUCGAACCUCAUGAGAACUUCCGCUUAUGGCUGACAGCGGAAAGUCAUCCCAAGUUUCCCACGAUUUUGCUGCAGUCGAGUCUGAAGGUCACCUACGAGGCUCCUCCCGGCACUAAGAAGAACCUUCAGCGCACRUACGAUUCCUGGGCACCAGAGUACAUCAGUCGUGGGAACUCGUCGAUUCGUGCCCAGGCUCUCUUCGUGUUGGCUUGGUUCCAUGCUAUCGUACAGGAAAGGAGGAACUACAUCCCCCAGGGUUGGACGAAGUUCUACGAGUUUUCGUUCGGAGACUUACGAGCUGGUGCGGAUAUCAUUGACAGACUCUGCAGUACUGCUGGUUCGGGGCAGGUCCGAUGGCCGUUUGUUCAUGGGCUAUUUGCUAAUGCAAUUUAUGGCGGUCGUGUCGACAACACCUUUGAUUUGAAAGUGUUGGAAUCAUAUCUGCUACAGUAUUUCGAGCAGUCCUCGUUUCCUGGUCAGAGCGGCAGUCGUUCCCGUCCCAAGAAAGUCAUCCCUAAUGUCAGCCUACCAACAUCGUGUCAUCACAGGGAUUAUGUUGAGAUUAUUAAUUCUCUUCCUGAUGAUGAUAAACCUUCUUUCUUUGGUUUGCCGGCAAAUAUUGAACGAUCGUCGCAAAGGAUUAUUAGUUCGCAGGUAAUCGGACAACUUAAGGUUCUAAUGAGGUCUGACGUUGUUGCUCACAAGUUUGACAAAGAGAAAUGGUCGGUGGAACUGUCUCCUAUCUURAAUCUUUGGAAAAAGUUGAAUCAGGGCUCCCAGCUGAUACAGAUGAAAAUACUUCCGCCUUCAGAGACUGGGUCAGAGUCUCCAGUGACGUCAUUUGUACUACUUGAACGUUAUAAUGCCAUUUCAUUGGUGCAGAUAGUCCAUGCUUCGUUGUCUGCUCUCAGCAAGGUCAUUCGAGGAACUCAGUUACUCAAUGCAGAGGUUCAAGCUCUGGCUGGCUCUCUUCUCAAACAGGAGGUUCCUCUAGAGUGGAGCGCAACCUGGGAGGGUCCUGCUGACCCAGUGCACUGGCUAAGAGCACUUGUAUCAAAAGCCCUUGCAUUAGGGUCUUGGGUUGAAAAAUGUGAAGCUAAGACAUUACUUCGAGAAGAAAUCGACUUGUCAGAACUGUUCCAUCCCGAUACAUUCYUAAACGCAUUGCGUCAACAAACGGCCAGAGCUAUGAAAACAUCUAUUCACAAUCUGAAGCUUUGUGUGUCUUGGAAAGCAAGUAUAAAUGGCGCAAAAUAUCCAGUCAAGCUGGGUGGUCUUCAGCUUGAGGGAGCUGCAUUUGACGGCAAUGCUCUCUCAGAAAACCAGCGCGAUUCACCAAGUGUGUCUUCAAUUCCKGUAGCUACCGUAGCCUGGGUUGACAAGGACACUCCUGAUCCGUACCCUAGCAACGAGUGUUUGUCUGUACCCAUUUACUACAACUCAGAACGUGACCACAUGGUCACGUGUUUCAACAUGCCUUGCGGCGGGAACCAAAACCACUGGGUCCAGUGUGGCGUUGCCUUGUUUUUGAAAAGCCAAUGAUUGAGGUGCACGUGAAAAUUAUUUGAUUUUGGACUUCUACCUACUUUGUAAACCACGUAUUUAGUACACAGAUCAAAACCUGAACUCGUUACUUCUGCUGUUUGUAAAAAUUUCUUGUGGUGACUCUACUGCAAUAAUUCCUGUUUUGUCGAAUUCGUCCAUUCUUAAGGCCAGUUUACACUUGCGAUUUUUGAAGCGCGAAUGUCGCGCGACAAUCGCCUGAGUUUCGAGCAUGCUUAAAAUUUAGCUGCAACUCGCGGCGACUUUCGAUCACCGCGACAUUCCCAGAGCUGUUUACACGUACGAUUUGAGGUGCGUGAGAAGAAAGUGGCGAUUGUCGCGCGACAAUCGCGCUGCAAAAAUGUAAACGGGCCUUUAMUCUUUUGUUGAUGUUUUUGAAAAUCAUGUUAAGUGUAUUUUUUUCGUAUGUGCAUAAUGUGUUUCUCUAUAUGUCUUUCUGCGUGUUUGUUUCUACUCUACGGCAAAUUGUAGUACAUUAUAAUGCUUUAUUUAUUGAAUAAACACUUUCGACAGUGA